GUUCUCACAUCCGGAAGUAGUAGUUAGUGUUUAUUAUUUGAGUCAGCUGACUUCCAUUCAGCUGACCACAGCUAGCAAUGGCCACUCACAACCUAUAGCUUGUGUGUAAAGCUAUAGAUUUAUAUUGGCAGAUUGUCCUUUAUUAGUGACUGGUACACUAGCUAUGAUAAGUAUCUCUGUAGUCGUCACAAUUAGCUGCCAGUUAGCUUAGCAUUUGGAACAUUUAGCGGCUAGUUAAGCUAAGUAGCUGCAUCACAGAAGAAAGCACAUUUAUUUAACUACCAAAACGACUUAACUGGAGUUUAGAACAAUGGACAAGAUUGCUAAGGAUGUGGGUGAUAUCCAGUCCCGGCUGUUAGACCACAGACCCGUCAUCAAUGCAGAGAUCCGCUACUUUGUGAGAGAGUUUGAGGAAAAACGGGGAUACAGGGAGUGUCGACUGCUGGAGAACCUUAAUAAAAUGGUCAUGGAAACAAAUGAACAAAUGGUGCCAACUGAUGUAGAGGACAUGAACAAGCAGCUGUCUGACGUCAUAAAACGCCUGGAGGCUGCUAAUCACAUGGCAGAGAGAGUCCAGCAGAGGGAGCUAGAGGCACAGCAGAGCAACCAGCUGCAGACGAACUUGGAGCAGCUGAAAGAAGAGUGGGCAGAGUUUCUGAAAGAGCAGCAGAGACUGAAGGAGGAGGUGGAUGCGGAGCACGCCAGGGCUGUAUCAGAAGUCAGCACUCGGUACAGCGAAAAGAAGAAGGACUUGGCCAAGUUUUCGCUCAUGUGAUCAGCCUGCCACAGUUUGUCUCUCAGUGUGCGAACGCACUGUUGCAGGCGUGGACGUCUGUUCCGCACGUGCAAAAAGCUCACGCCUCUCGUGACACACACUCGAAACAGAGCAUAAAACUUUUUAAAGAGUUUUGCUCAAGUCACCAUUUUCCAAAUCAUAAAUAUGAAACUGUGAUUAAAAAUGUGGCACUUUCACAGUCCAUCAAGUUCAGUAUAUAUGCACAGCGUGAAAGUCGUCUGGAAUAUGUCAUUUUUAGAACAAGCAAUCAUUUGAUUGUUCCUUGGCUGUGAAGUUUUAAACAUUUCACCAUUUUUAAUGGAUGCCUGCCUGAAGGGUCCCGAUGAUAAAUUAACAUCUCGUUGAAAGGUGCCUUGAGCUUGGCACUGGUGAGAGGUAUUCCAAGCGCAGAAAGUCAGAUCAUUAAAUGUUAGAAAGGCUCCGCGGAGCAGGUGUGUUUAAAGCACAGGCCUGGCGUUGUGGAAAUGAGCGCGAACAGAACCCUUUCCUGGAGAAGCCGUCCCUCACCAGCCCUCCCGUGUUUGUUACGUUUGACCCCUGACAUUAACUUGGAGUAAACCGACUGUCUGUGAGGUGACUUUCAUUAUAAAAAGGCUUUCGCUGAAACCGGCUCCGAACGCUCGGCAGCAGAUGUUUUUCAUUUGCUCUGCCACCUCAAAUCUGAUUUUAAUGAGUCGCAAAUCCAAUAUUUUUUAUCGCUGUUGAAACCGAGAGGAAUCGCAAGUUGCGUUGGGGUCCUCUGGUUUGAAUUUCCUCCUGGUCAUGUUUGUAUUAAAGUAAGCUUUCAGAG